GUGGACAAGGCGCGGUGCGGCCGGCCAACCACCCAGUCAACGGGGACUCGGCGCAGGGAUGGCAGCAGCCAGGUCAGCCAUGGCCGCCGUCAUUUGGCUGGCAAUCGUGGUCCGGAGGCUGGGGCUGGGGCUCCGGCCACGGGCACAGGCAGUGGAGCUGCAAGGUAUGAAGAAGUCCUGCGCCACGUGCGGGGUGAAGAGGACGUACAGCGACGUGGCACGCUCUGCUCCAGAGAAUGCGCCGCGCGACGGCGGCCGCAGCCCGCAGUCUGGGGAGACCCGGGGGGCUGCUCCACCGCCCAAGGCCGGCCAGUCCACGAGGGACCAGCUCACGGCCAUCACGACCAAGCUCGUGGAGGCACAGCAGCAGGUCGUCCAGCAGGCGCCGCCCCCCGCGGCGCCCGCCGAGCCGGGCGACACCAAGGCGACCUUGGCUCAGAUCAAGAAGCUCGAAGGGUCUCUGGCGGAGAUCCUGGAGGACGAGGAGACCCUCAAGGAGGCCAUCCUCCAGCGCAUCGCGGCGAAGAAGCAGCUCUUGGCUGCCGGCAAGCCUGUCGGUGCGCGUGUGGACCAAGCCCGGGCCGCCCUGACGAGGGCCCAGGGGCGCCAAGCGGACGCCCAGGCCGCUAUCGAUGCUGCCGUGGCUCUCAAGCAGGUCGCCGACGCCGAGGCGGUGCAGUACGCCAAGGAAGUCGCCGAUCUCGAGCAGCAGCUGGUACAUGCCCCUCCACCUCCGGCCCCGGAGCUGGCGGAAGCACCGGUCGCUCAGGUGCAGCGCCUGCUCAGCGGGAUGAUCUCGGAGCUCAGGGACGACGAGUACGUCGACCCUGCACACGUCGAGGCUGCCACGCAGCACUGCCAGCGGCUCGUCGAGGGCUUCACCGGCAAGCAGCCCUUGGGCCCACCUCCAGCCAGCACCUACAUACGCAUGAACGGCAAGCAGCCGCCCAAGCGGCUCAUCACCGACCACUUCCGGGUGAUCAAGACGGUCGCGAAGGUCCCUUCCAAGGCACGAGCCGGGGCGGGGAGCACGGACCCGUCGCCGGAGUAA